AUCAAGUGCUACAGCCCGCUGCAGCUUCUUCUCUCCCUUUGCAGAGCUGCAUACCAGAUUCGGGCAGCAUUUCGGCGUCAGUUGUCCACUCUCUUGUUUCCUACCAGCGGUUUCUGGAAGCUCACCGAUGCCGUUCACGUCCAAAGCGAAAUGAGCUAAUGGUAUUCCGCGGAAAACCAUCGAAGGCCUGUCUCAGGUGCCGGCAGAGGAGACUCCGAUGCGAUCAGCAACGGCCCAGUUGUCGCUCUUGCAUUCGUGCUGGGGAACCAUGCGAUGGCUAUCGAGACACAGAGUCAGUCCGCAUCAAUGACGAAACCGAGCUCGUGCGAUCAAAAGCACUCAGUAACGCGGGCCUUACUCAAAGCAAGCAAUUGAAUGUUCCUAUCAAGUUUCGACACCUGCCGCAGGAUCUCCAAGCCCUGGGGCGGGACAUAUUCUUUGCCUACUACGUCUCGGACUUUAGCCGGACUUGGAGUUUCCUCUUCCAGUACCUAGAUCAGAAUGUCACCCCUGAGCAUGUGAGCCUAGGAAUUGAUGCCGUUAGUCUUGCGUUUCUCUCGCAUCAGGUCUCGUCGCCAACGGCCAAGGAUCUGGCACGGAGGAAAUACUGUUUGGCACUCGGGAAAAUCAACAAGGAGUUGCAGGAUCCGGCGAAGGCAAGGGCUACAACCACGUUUGAUGGAGCUCUAUUACUUGACCUCUUUGAAAAGAUCAUGAAGUCAGCCUCUGAGGUCAAUACCUCGCGGCAUGCGCAUGUAGAAGGUGCGCUAGCGUUGGUCAAGCUACGCGGUGUCGAACAAUUCACUGAGAGUUCUGAGUUGAGGGCUCUUAUGGGACUCUCGCUUAACGCAACGAUUUGUGCAUUGAGUACUGGGCGGCCCAUUCCGGAAGAGAUUCGAAAGAUCAGAAGACACGCGGCUCAAUUUCUCGAUACAACAUACCCCAAAUGGACCUUGAGUGGUGUCAUGCUUGACGUUGCAGAUCUAGCAGCUGAAAUGCGCAGGGGAACGCUGACGCCGGAAGAGAGAGUGGCAAGAAGCCUUGAUAAGGACCAAGAGCUCCAAACCGUUGCUCUUGAAGCAGCUCCAGCAUGGACUUACGACCGGAAAUUUGUUUCUGGCCACGAUAGCAGAGUCGUUGCGCUCGACGGGUUCUUCGACGUAUAUCCCAACCGGAUGAUAACACAAAUGUGGAACGUGUUACGGUUGACAAGGAUCCUCCUUGGUGAAGAGAUAGUCGAGUCCUGCAUGAAAAGUCAAGACCAAGAGAGCGAAGCCCAGUCUAAUCGAGCCAAAGUUACAAUUAUAGAAAUGACCCGAGAGAUAUGUGCUUCUGUUCCUCAGAUGACCAACUGCGACUUCGCCGCGCGACACAAAUUACCUGGCGGUGGACUUUCAAGCCCUAGCUCGCAACACACGCACACCAUGACACACAUCCUCGAUGUCUACAUCCUUAUAUUCAGUCUGUACGUCGUGGCAUGGUCGCGCAACUGCUUGCCCACCACUCGCGAAUGGACGGUCAAGCAAUUGCAGCACAUUGCCGACCACUUUGGUAUCAAAGAAGCCGGCAUCAUCCUCGACAUUUUGAAGAAGCAGCAGCAGGAAGAACGUAAAGAUCCAUGUGACCGCAGUUCUAGACUUGCACAUUAUCGCCUGUUUACGCACGCCGAGGAUGCUAUGUCCAGCCCUGUAGGUACAUGUCCAUGGGCGCUCAAAAUACGAAAUGCGGAGAAAGAAGCACACCCGUGUACUCAUCCAGCUCACGUCACCACCGACACUCCAAAUCGCCCCCUCGGCCCUCAAGACCCACGCCUCUGCUACCGAUCCGCAGGCUUUGCUGCAGGUCCAUGGACCAGUCUGGACGACCCUGCGUGGCCGACGGCAUUGUUUCAAGACAAGUUUGCUACGAAGUUGAGUCACGUUGGUGGUUAGUCUGAGGGUUCUGACAGAUUUGUACCUGGCGCGGUAAGUAUGUGAAAGAUGGGGACUUGCGGUGGCUAAGUUUGAUUGAAGAGAAGUAGGGUAUUUGAUGCUAAUAUGUCCUGUAAGAUGACCGGCUGCUGCAACUAGGAAGAAUGCAAAUUGAG